AUGGGUUACAGAGGUCAAAGAACGCAUAUCAAGCGUUUAGCUGCACCUAAACAUUGCAAAGCUCGGUGGUGUUUUGCACCCUGACCCAGCACAGGACCCCACAAGGUGAGGGAGUGUCUGCUGUUGAUAAUUUUCCUUAGAAAUCGUCUGAAGUAUGCACUCGCCUCUGAUGAGGUGAAGAAGAUUGUGAAGCAGAAGUUGAUAAGUGUUGAUGGACAAGUGAGAACAGAUUUCACAUACCCAGCUGGUUUCAUGGAUGUCAUCACCAUUGAAAAGACCGAUGAAUAUUUCCGUUUGAUUUAUGAUGCAAAAGGAAAAAUUAUUGUGCACUGUAUUAAAGCUGAUGAAGCAAAGUAUAACCUGUGCCGCAUAAAGAAAGUACAAACUGGUAUAAAGGGAAUUCCAUUCCUAGUAAUACAUGACAGUCGUACAAUCCGCUACCCUGAUCCCCUCAUCAAAGUCAGUGACAGUGUUUUGUUAGAUAUUGCUACUAGCAAGAUCGAAGCGUUUAUCAAAUUUGACUCUGGUAACCUAUGUAUGAUCACUGGCGGCCACAACAUUGGGUGUGUCGGUGUAAUAACUCACAGGGAUAGACAUCCAGGGUCCUUUGACAUUGUACAUGUCGGAGAUACAUUGGGGCAUGUAUUUGCCACAUGAUUUAAAAAU